GUCCUCGCAGCCAUGAUGACUCCCAUAGCCAAAUCCUUUUAUGAUCUCAAUGCCACUGACCUCCAAGGGGAGAAAGUGGAUUUCAACAAUUUCAGGGGUAGGGUGGUCCUGAUUGAGAAUGUGGCCUCCCUCUGAGGCACGACAGUGAGGGACUACACCCAGAUGAACCAGCUGCAGAGCAAAUAUCCUCGGCGGCUGGUUGUCCUGGGUUUCCCUUGCAACCAGUUUGGCUAUCAGGAGAACUGCACCAAUGAAGAGAUCCUCAACAACUUGAAACAUGUGCGUCCUGGUUCUGGCUUUGAACCCAACUUUACUCUUUGCCAGAAAUGUGAGGUGAAUGGCAAGAACACCCACUCCGUCUUUGCUUACCUGAAGGACAAGCUCCCUUACCCAGAUGACAACCCUUCCUGCCUCAUGAUGGAACCCAAGUUCAUCACAUGGAGUCCAGUGAACCGCAACGAUAUUUCCUGGAACUUUGAAAAGUUCCUGGUGGGUCCGGAAGGAGAGCCAUUCAAGCGCUACAGCCCCCGUUUCCUCACCACCAACAUUGAGCCUGACAUACAGCGCCUUUUGAAGCUUGCCAAAUAAGGCAGGGGAAACUGACACUACUUCUGAAGUUAUUCUAAUAGUUUUAACAUAACAACACUGGUCAGAAGAGUGGCUCGAAAUUCACUUCACUGUGAUCGAAAUUCACUUCACUGUGAUCAUGAGUAUCCCCUUACAGAUCACCAACAGAAUCAAGGAAAUGCCCAUGGCACCAUUCCUUACCCUUCCUCCCUCUCCUUUCCUGCGGAGUGCAUUAGGUGCUUCAUUCUGGCUCCUACAAGAGCUAAUAUCAGACUUUUACUAAGUGACGGUGUCCUCCCAAAGCUCAAAAGAGGGAACCUGAAGUGUGUAAAGGUGCUGAUCCCACAGCUUUUGCUCGCUGGGCACCAUUGGUUUCACAAGUCAAA